ACCCAAGAAGCAGCAAGAACCAGCGGAGGACUCGGAGGAUGAGGAGGAAGAGGAGGAGGUGGAGACUAAGGACCCACCAAAAAAGCUCAAGAAGAAGCUACCUAAAGAGGCCCCUUCAGACGAGAGCCGGGAGAAGAAGCUGAAGCCCAAGGGGGACAAAAGCAACCCUGAUGGCAAAGCCAAAUCUGCCAAAAGCACCAAGAAGGAGCCAAUGUCCGUGUUCCAGGUGAACGGGGAGAAGAAGGAGAAGAAAAGCAAGAAGAAAGCUGUCAGCAGCAGUGAUGAGGAGGAUGAUUCUGACUCCAGCACCAAGCCCAUCAGAUCAGAGAAGAAGAAGAACCCAGCAUCCCUCUUCCAAACUGGUGGGGACCCCCCCAAGGAGAAGAAAUCCAAAAAGAAAGCUCCUCCCAAAGCAGAUGAGAGUGAGGAGGAGACUCCAGAGAAAAACUCCAACAAGAAAGGGAAAGGGAAGAAAUCAAAGAAGACAAAGGAGGAGAGGCCCCCGUCACCUGUCAUUGAGGUGGACAACCUGGAGGAGUUUGUGCUGCGACCAGCACCCCAAGGGGUGACCAUCAAGUGCCGGGUGACACGGGACAAGAAGGGGAUGGACAGGGGGCUGUACCCCACCUACUACGUCCACCUGGAUAACGACAAGAAGGUGUUCCUCCUCGCUGGGAGGAAGCGUAAGAAGAGCAAAACCUCCAACUACCUCAUCUCCAUAGACCCCACUGACCUGUCGAGGGGGGGAAACAACUUCAUUGGGAAGCUGAGAUCCAACCUGAUGGGAACCAAGUUCACGGUGUUCGACAACGGCGCCAACCCCGACCGGGCCAACGCCGACUGGUCCAACGUGCGGCAGGAGCUCUCGGCCGUGGUCUAUGAAACCAACGUCUUGGGGUUCAAAGGCCCCCGGAAGAUGACCGUCCUCAUCCCUGGGAUGAACUCUGACAACGAGAGGGUGCCCAUCCGGCCCCGAAACGAUAACGACGGCCUCCUGAUGCGAUGGCAGAACAGAAACAUGGACAACAUCAUCGAGCUGCACAACAAAGCACCAGUGUGGAAUGAUGAGACCCAAUCCUACGUCCUCAACUUCCACGGCCGGGUCACCCACGCCUCUGUCAAAAACUUCCAGAUCGUGCACAGCAGCGACACCGACUACAUCGUGAUGCAGUUCGGGCGCGUGGCCGACGACGCCUUCACCAUGGACUACAACUACCCGCUCUGCGCGGUACAGGCCUUCGCCAUCGCCCUCUCCAGCUUCGACGGGAAGCUGGCCUGCGAGUAGGACCUGCUCCAGGGCCACCAGAGCCACCAGGGCC